AUGAUUUUACCUCAUCUGCUCAAGAUCCGUUCGAAAAUAGCCUCAUCGGCAGCACCAACCAACGACGGUGGUGGUGAAGAGACGACAAAACAUCAGGAUAACUCGAGUGAUGAAAGAGACUACCAAUACGAAGAUGGCAGCACGGCCAUGGACGUGAAGUUGUUUAAGGCGAUCGGCAUGUACCAGCUGCUGCACCCGGUCGAGUGUGGCCUGAACAGCGGCAUAUGCCGGAUGGCCGCGAUGGUGGUCGUGGGCCUGACGUUCGGGCUGCAGUUGAUGCAAGUGUUCCGGCUGUACCUGGCCAGGAACGACAUCCCAAUGUUCGCCAACAUGGCAAUGCUGGUUGUGUAUGGGUUCAUGUGCUUGCUCAAGGGCUACACGUUAGCGAUGCACGCGGACAGGAUAUGCAUCACGUUGGAGUUGGCCCGGUACGAUUUCACCCGUUGUGGUGGCCGCGACCCGUCCCUGAUGCGACGGUGCCGGGCCAGGCUGUCCACCAUACUCCGCACGUUCGUCGGGCUCAGCUUCGGCACGCUGGUCGUGUGGUUGGUCAUUCCGUGGUUCUUGACAUCAGAGUACGACGACAAGCCGUUCAUCUGGGCGGCGGUGUACGUCGUCGAGUCCAUCAUACUCACGGUCAACGUGUUUUGCUGGACGUCGUUCGACUGUUACCUGGUCACCAUGUGUUUCGUGUUCGAGGCCAUGUUCCGCACCAUGAGCUCCGGCUACGAGAAGAUCGGUCGUGGGCAGCCCAUUCACCCGCACACCAUCCAUCCGUUCGGCGACCACCGUAGAUCAGAUUCAGAAGUUAAAAACAACGCAUCACUAACUUGUCCGAACCAUUAUGACGAUUUGAUUAGCCACAUUAAAGACAAUCAAAAGAUAGUAGAGAAGUAUAAAACAUUUUUCGAAAUCGUCACACCUACGGUCCUGCUUCAAAUUGCUGAUGGUUCGUACACCAUAAUCACAAUGAUAUUUCUCAUCUCAGUAGCGUAUCUCAAUGGUAAUUCGAUUCUAUCUCCGAUGAUUUUGAAAUAUGUCUGCGGACUGGCUUCGCUCACCAUUGAACUGUACAUAUUUUGUUAUGGAUUCAACUACAUAGAAGACGGGAGAUCUACGGUGAAUUUCGGGCUGUACAGCUGUGAUUGGACGAACAAGGAUUUAAAAUUUAAAAAGACUGUAUUGCUGGCCAUGUACAUGAACUCAGCUGCUGACAAGCAAGUGAUGAAACUGUCACCAAAUUCCAUCGUAAAUCUAGCAAUGUUCUCCAGGGUGAUGAACAUGGCGUACUCGAUAGUGUCCACAUUACUAAGUAAAAGUAAUAAACAAGCAACUUACUGA